CUGCAAUCCUCAAAAAAAUGUCGAAGAAGAAGGGUGAUGUGCCACCAAAAUCUGUUUUGCUAGGUCGUGUUGGCACCAACUUGAAGUGCGGUAUUGUAGGCCUACCGAACGUCGGGUUCGUUGUUGUUUUUGUGUCGUAUUUACCUUCCUAUAGAAAAUCCACUUUUUUCAACGUACUUACCAAGAGUGCUAUCCCGGCUGCCAAUUUCCCCUUCUGCACCAUUGACCCCAACGAAAGCAUGCUCCGAGUGCCUGCCUACUUGAAUGUCGUUGAUAUUGCCGGUCUGGUGAAAGGUGCGCACGAGGGCGCUGGUCUGGGUAACGCCUUCCUUUCACACAUCAAAUCGGUGGACGCCCUCAUCCAUGUGUUACGUGUCUUUAGUGAUCCAGAUGUCAGCCAUGUCGAAGGCGAUAUCAACCCUAUUCGGGAUCUCGCCAUAAUUGAGGAAGAAUUGCGUCUUAAAGACGAGGAAUAUGUAACUGUGCAGUGGGAGAAGCUCGAGAAGGCUGUCGUUCGAGGUGGUGACAAGAAACAGAAGCCUGAUUUCGAUUGCAUAACCAAGGCAAAGGAGAUUAUUUGUGAAAAGAAGACUGGUAUUCGCUUUGGUGAAUGGAGCCCAACCGAGAUCGAAAUCCUGAACCACCACUUAUUCCUUACUGCCAAACCUAUGAUCUAUCUUGUCAACAUGUCGGAAAAGGACUACUUCCGCAAGAAGAACAAGUGGUUGGCCCCGAUCAAGGAAUGGGUAGACGCGCAUGACCCCGGCGCCACUAUAAUCCCCUUCUCCGCUGAUUUCGAGUUGCGUUUCGUUGAAAUGUCGCCUGAAGAACAGGAGGCUUUCCACAAAGAGAUGCCAGGCACCACUUCCGUCCUGCCCAAAAUCAUCCAGACGGGUUACAAGACUCUGCAGCUCAUAUACUUCUUCACCUGCGGCAAGGAUGAGGUUAAGGCCUGGACCAUUCAGCUACAGGCCGGUUUGAAAUGCCAAGUUCCUUCACCAUUUGUCAAAACGCUUCCUAAAGACUCCUUCUAUGUGGUAUGGAAUGCCUACUCUUCGGGUUUUUGA